AUGUCGAACCAAGCGUCACAAACACAAGUUUUGCGUCCAAAGGUGCUACGUCUACGUCCCACCGAGGGUUCGUCAAGUGAAGAACAAGAACGGCAGCAAGAGCAACAGCAACAAGAGCAAGGUACUCAAUCAAUAAUAGAAACAGGUACAGCAAAGAAGAAAUCGAAAUCGAAAUCGAAACAGGGGGUAAGAUGGAGUGAAAAUGUUAUUGAUAAUGAGCAUAUGAAUAAGAAGAAGACAAAAAUAUGUUGUAUUUUUCACCCGCAAAGGUCCUUUGAUGAGGAGUGUCAAGAUGAUUAUGACCGACAUAGUUGUUCCAGUUCAGAUGAGAGUAGUGAUUCUAGUGAUGAAGAGGGAGAUCUGCUGCUGCUGCUGCUGCGGAAGCAGAAAAAGAGUGUUUGCGAGAAUAAGGGAAAUAUGUAUGAAUACCAGCCUCGGUAUGACAACAAGUCAAAGUUACCAAAAGAUUCCUAA